AGCAUUGAACACAGAAGGAGCUGGUUCUUCAUCUGCAGGCAAUGGUGGAAUCCCCAAGCGGUCUCUGAGAACAGCCACCAGAGUGUCCACUGUGGCCUGCACUGAUGCACAAUAGCGCUCCCAUAAGUGCCGUCCCUGUCGACGUAGGGCCACAAGGUCUGUGUCUGGUACAGUACGAAGGAAGAAGUGGAGCUCUGUAACUCGAGCCUGAAAAAAAACCAACACAUCAUUUAAUAAAAGAAAGCAUUAUGGAAAAACCAAAAGACUUCAACUAAAAAACAACACAGUUAAGUUAGUCAAGAAUUGUGGCCCGGGAUGACUCUGUUCCACACAAUGACCAUUCACCAGCACCCAUCGGAGGAGGAGUUCUAGUAUUACUUUUACUAGCAGAUGCUGUCUCACGCCCCAAAACUGCAAGAGUGCAAUCAAAGUGGAAAAGGAACCUGUCUGUAGUUGGUCCCAUUGCCAUGCCCUGUAAGUGCUCAACUAUGAAUGAAUCUAUAUCAGCAGUUGACCGAGAAACUCCUGCAGCACGUCCAGUGUCAACCCCUAAGAACAGAUCACUGGCACCUGUUGCCACAGCAGAAGUAGGACUCCCUAGGGCGCUGACACCUGCUGCGCUACUGCGCGCCAAGUUCAAAAAGUCGUCUUCACAAAACCUUCUACUUCCCAUUCUGGAGAAAGGACUGAAUGUCGAUCAGGGUCAUACAUAUAAACUGGAAACCCUGACACCAACGAACAACGAGAAUGAUCAAAACAAUUGUGCAUCCUACAAUGAGUGGCAUAUGACGGAGAUAUUGGAGAGAGUACAGCUGGUGCUUGUGAGGGCAAAAUCUGUUUUGGGGGAGCCAAAUCAGGAGUGUUGCGUUGAGCUGCUUCUCUCUGGGCAACUUGUGCCUGUGAAAGAAGAUCAAAAUUACUCCAUGACUAUGAAAAACACAAAUUAUUGAGCAAUACAUUCAUUUAGAAAAGAUUCAUAGUCUUCGGUGAGGAAACCUUCAAUAGCAUAUUAAUUAAAAUAUCAGGUUACUGAACAAAGAUGCGCGCGACGAUGGUGUAACGGUUGGCGCAUCGGACUGUUACACCAGUUGGCGGGUUCAAACCCGAUCGAAGCCGUGUAUUUUUAAGGACGAAAAAAUCCUUCGAACGCCUGCCUUCGGAGGGGAAGUAAAUCUGGCUGUUCCAU